AUGCCUCGCUUCUUUCACCGCAGCAGCGGCAGUAGCAACCGUGCCUCCGAGGAAGGGGAUGAUGCGCGUGUCUUUCCUUUUACCCUCUUUUUUGCUUUCUUUUUUCUCUUGCGGAUUGCAGAGCUGAAGGCGGCGUACUUUCGCCCCUUCUCCUUCCGCAGCCAGAAUUCCCGCAUGUUUUGGCCGUGUGCUGGUUGCCACUGGCGGCGCGUGGCUCCGCUGUGGCGGUGCACGACCGCAGGGCAGCUGCGCCGGCCACUCUCGCAAUGUGUGCCGCUCAACAGCGCCCGGGCGGCGGCGUCGUCUUCCCGCCUCACGGCCGCCGCGCUGGAGUCGUCCAUCUUGCGCAUGCGCAACAUUGGGGUUGUGGCGCACAUUGAUGCCGGUAAGACGACCACGACGGAGCGCAUGCUGUUCUACGCGGGUGUCUUGAAGCGCGUCGGGGACGUGGACAGCGGGACGACCACAACGGACUUCAUGAAGGAGGAGAUGGAACGCGGCAUCACAAUUCAGUCCGCCGCCGUCUCUUUCCAGUGGCGGAAUCACAGCAUUCACCUCAUCGACACGCCUGGCCACGUGGACUUCACGGUGGAGGUGGAGCGUGCGAUGCGGGUGGUGGACGGCGUCGUUGCCCUAUUUGACGCCUCCGCCGGUGUGCAGGCGCAGAGUUACACGGUUUUGCGCCAAAGCAGAAGGUUUGGCAUCCCCGUGAUUGGGUUUUUGAACAAGAUGGACAAGUACAACGCGGACUUCAAGAUGUCUGUGGAGUCUAUCCGGCGGAAGCUGGAGGUGGAGCCGCUCCUGCUGCAGCUGCCGCUUCUCUCAGAGGACGGCAGUUUCGAGGGCGUCAUCGACGUCGUCGAGAUGAAGGCGUGCCGUUUCGGAGGCAACCAUGGCUUGGAGGUGGCGCGGCAGGAGCUGCAGUCGCCUGACUUUGAGCCGGCGCACCUCCUCCAGCAGGCGUUGGCGGCGCGCCACGAGCUCAUCUCGACCUUGACAGCGCUGGACGAUCUCCUCUCGGACGCCGUCAUCGCCCUGCUGGACCAGACCGACGGGGACGAGCAGAAGACGGAGGUGCUCCUCCCGUCUGACCUCCUGCGUGCCGCGAUCCGGCGGCAGACGCUGCGCCAGGCGGGGCCUAGGCCGGUGCUGCCGCUGCUUUGCGGGGCCGCCAGGCGCGAUCAAGGGGUGCAGCCCCUGCUGGACGCCGUCGCAGACUACCUGCCCUCCCCGCUGGAUCGCCCCCUCACCGGCUACGCCCGCGACGGGGACGUCGUGCCCCUCCCGCCCGCCACCGCCGCCGCCUCUGCCCCUGUGGUGGCGCUGGCGUUUAAGGUGACACACGCCACGGGCCCAAAGGGCCGACGCCAGCCGCUGGUCUUCUUCCGUGUGUACAGCGGCAAGGUCACACCGAGGCUGACGCUGGUGAACAAUAACUGUAAUCGACACGAGAGCCUUGAAAAAUUGUAUGUGAUGCACGCAAAUCGUCAGGUGGAGGUCCCCCACCUCGUCGCAGGAGAGAUUGGGGCGGCCUUCAUGCAGUUCACCAAGACAGGCGCCACCCUGUUUGCUCCACCCCAGCAACCCCAGCCGCGCGCCGACGGCGCGAGGAAGGAGGUAUUCACGCUGGAGGGCAUCAACCCCCCGCCAGCUGUUAUUUCCUUCGCGGUGGAGGCUGCCACAAAGCAGCAAAUCCCCCUCCUGGAUGGGGCUCUGCAGGAACUGAGUUUUGAAGACCCCAGCCUACGGGUACACAAGAACGAUUUUGGGCAAGUGGUUUUGAGCGGGAUGGGAGAACUACACCUUGAAAUCGUCAUGUCACGCCUGGAGCACGAUUACCAGCUAAAGUGCCGGCUUCUACGGGCCAUCGUGGAGUAUCGCGAGGUGGUGCGCGAGGCCGUGGAGCUUCUGCGAGGGACUGGGACCUACAAUGAGCUCCCCUACGUUGAGUGCUCGCUGCGACUCCUGCCGCUGCUUGAGGCAGACGACACUUGCGAUCCAAGCCAGACCUGUUCCUUCGCGCUGGACGAGGCGUUCACGGAGAAGUACCUUGCCGGAGCGGCUGCCCACCGCAACGAUCGAAGACGCCGCGCGGAGGACCAUCAGCGCGGUGUGAAGGAUGAACUGCGGCUACUCACCGACGUGUUCUCUGGCGCGGUCACGGACUGCGCCCACAUGGGCCCUCUUGCCGGUCUGCCCCUCCACGGCGUGCGGGUCGUCCUGACGGAGUUCAAAAAGUUUGGCGGCGCACAGCUGCUGGAGGCCCCGCUGCAGCAGGCGGCCCGCUCCCUCGUGCUGGAGCUGCUCCGCUCUGUCCCCAAAGCCAAGCUCGCCGCGAUGGAGCCGAUGAUGGAGGUGGAGGUGCACCUCUCGGAGGCCGCCUACAUCGGCGGCGUCGUGAGCUCCCUGAACGAGCGCAAGGCCGUCACGGUGGACAUCCAAGACGAUGGGCGGUCGGUGAAGGCAAUCGUCCCGAUGCGGAACAUUGUGCGCUACACGAUGGAGCUUCGGAGGGCCGUGAAGGGGCACGCCAACCUGUACACGCGCCUACACCACUACCGGGUGAUAGAAGACAAGGCCGUCCUCUCUCGCAUCAUGAAGAACUUGGGCAUUUACGACGGCCACUGA